UAAUUUUCAUGCAAGUUUACAUUGUUGGCAUUCUUGUUGUUGUUAAGAGCUAAAGUUCGCUUAAACCUAGGAUCACCCAUUGCGAGCAGCCUUCUUUGGUUACUAAGAUUGAGAUAUCAACAACCUCUCACAUUAGCACACGAGGAAAUGUAACAUAACAGCAUUUUGAAGAUUUUGUCAUUCAAUGAUUUCCCACCCUGCAUUUAUGCAAGAACAAUGUUAUGAUGGCUGACAUGCUGAGCCGUUGUCCUCAUAUUUAUUGAAGGCAAAACUGCCAGCAGAGUAGCGGCUGCCCGACCUGUCACAAAAAGAAAAUGCUGCUCCCUCUCAACUUCUCCCUUAGCAUGAUAGAUAUUCAUGUUUUUCUGUCAAUGCUUUUUCCAAACCAUGCAUUGUGGAUGCUCGAGUGAAUUUCAAUUGCUUGGACGUUUCGGCAGCCAAAUGUUUCCACAAUUCUUGGGUUUGGUGAUGCCAUCUCUCUACAGCACUAUUGACACCUUAUGUAGGGAGUGAAGAGGAUGAUGUAUUCAGAAAUGUGCCCCAUGCAGUACCUCAAGUGUAGAGGAGGAUGCAAUCAGUGCUGCGAAUGGUGCAUGCCAGCAUAGAGGACAAUGCAUCGGCGCUAUCACUAAUGCAAUUGAGCAAGUGACGAGAAUUACGUGUGCACAGUGCAAUGAAGUGCCGCAAUGAUGUAGUUGCCAAAAUGCGCCUUCCCAACUCUUUCUAAAAGCCCCUUGACCUACUUUUCCUCUAUGCCUCUCCCAGCAGUUUUCUAUGAUAAGUCACAAUGUUGGGAGCACUCAAACGACCAAAACUUUCUGAUCAGACAUAGUGUAUGUUUAUUCAAGCUGUUCUUUCCUUCCCCUAAUUCAAUGUGGCUAUGAGCUAGCCAGAUGCUGUCACGAAAGCGUAGUGUUUAGGUUGUAUGAGUACACAAGAAACAAAAUUGGAGUUGUGAAGUUCCAAAGCUCUAUUUUUACAGCCUCUCUGCUGACAUUAGAGAGCUUUAGAUUAGUGGACGCAAGCAGCAUGCGUAAACAAGCACUCUGUUUGGGUAUUUCUGGCACCCAUUUGGUGUGCAUAACCAAGCAGCACACGAGUCGCUUGCAUCCUCUUAUCCAAUACUAUUAUUUUCAUUGUAAAGCAACCAAUAUCGCAAUAAGUCUGAUCAACCUGCAUCAAUAUGCUAGACAUUUUUAAGCACUUAAGGUCUGUUGGUUGAGUGGCCACUAGACUUGUGCUUUCCAGUAUUACUUGCUAAUCAACUCUUGAGGUGUUUACAUUGUUUUUCUGUGCUGUAAGAUUAGUUUGAAAGUCCUAAUAAAAUUGUUAAAGUGAAGGUCUGGGCUGUUGUAUUGGCCAUGUCAUUCUAAAACUGUUAGGUCUGACACUGUCAAAGCAUUUGGCAACUUUAUAAUAAGCUUCACCUCACUACAUAUAUGUAUUGCGGUGGGACCAUUCAGCAUGUGAAAAUAAAAAUACCGGCAAAUAGGGAGUUCAAGAGCACCUGAAAUUAUAUUAAAGCGGGUAGGGCAGUAUCUUCAGGGUAACGGGGACAUCAAAGCUGGAACUAGGGCUGCCAUACAUCCCGUCACCACAAUACACUGUUUGCUUCAUCGCAUUACACAAAUAUGUUGCAGUGAAGUUAUUGCAGACACACAUAUACACAUUCAUUCGUCCCAACUUUACACAGAACCCUGCGUCCCAUUGCUAAAACUAAGAGCGCGAGAAACGGGCAGAGAUGAAGCUGAACAUAACAGGGCACAGUAUUAAGCUCCACCUCACCGUGUUUAUUGCGCCCUUAGUACGAAUAAUAUUAAACAUCUACUCUGCAUUUUAGUUUGUGGAAUUCUGGCAAACCAUGUGAUGUCACUAAAGCUCCUUUAACUUCACAGCACUACGCGAUAAUUGGCGUAACGCCCAUGAUAAAAGUAAAUCACAUGAGGUCAUAGAUGGUACACAAGCGCUGAACAUGAUUGAAAACAUGCGCUGCCCCAUUUCAACGACGCGUGAACAGUUGUGAGCAAACACCACCUCAAAGGGACACUAAAGCGAAACAAUAAAUCAGUUGCGACUAAUAAAGCCUUGUUUGAGAACCCUGCAGGCACUUAUUUCAAAAUAAUAGUUUGUUUAUUAGAUGACAAAAUGAAGGUCGAAGUAUCAGUAUUUGAAUUUCGCGCCGAAACCCCGACGCCGGUACGUCAGUGUGACGUCAGGGAUUCCAAAGCAUGUUUUCGCAUUAGGGCCGCGUUGGCUGAGUACAGGUUAGCGAAACUUGUCAUGUUUAAUAUUUGCCUCCUUUAGAACACAAUGUAGUAAAAUUGUACGGUUAUAUAAUUAGGUAGGCCAUAGAAGGUGCCAUCAAAAUCCCUGACGUCACAGCGACCAGGUGCGGGAACUUCAAAGAGGCACCGCCACCUGUCUUUCGUUCUUGCGCUUUUUCUAGUUUACCAAGCGUCUUAUCAUGGUGAGAGUGGUGUUUUUCGUGUGAUGGAAAGGUAAUUUACUGGUGCAGAAGAAAUCAUUUUGCUCUUUAGUGUCUCUUUAAGUUACUUACGUAACGUAAGUCGUGGCGAAGAACACGUACAAUAGCUCCACCUACGACACCCAUCGAGUAAAGGCAGAAUAAAGAACGAAGUUUGGUAAAGGUGCAUGUUCGAUGUGAUGACGCUGCCUAAUAGGGCGAACACAGCGGCGUUGCUGCACAGCGCCGGUUCGCAAAUUGCAUUGCCGAGGCGCGACGCCACUUGAAUAUUUCGAUCGUCAGCAUCACUAGAGAAAUACGAGUCUCACACUACCAUAGUUCACCGAGACCAAACGCCGACAUGCCACACCACUGCUACUGCACGACUUCUCGCCAACAAAUACUGAACCCACUGCCGAGAUAUAUCAGCGGUCAGCGUGGGCUGGAGAUUCAACGCUUAUGUUCAACGCGCCACAUGGCGCGAUCUCAAGAGUCCCUAAACGACCCUGUCCCUAGGCACCUAGGAUCAGGUCACGUGAGGGAUUUUCGUUCGACAUUUAUAGACGCCCGCGACCAUAGAGUUUCUCACUAUAACAGCUAGAGGGUGAAUUUAUCUGUAAUGCCGCUCAUUCACCACUUACGCACGUUUCGCCUCUACACGCAAUACUCCUGUUAGGUCAAUAUACCAAAAUGAUACAUGCUUUUAAUUUACUUUCUGUCAGCUGAUGGCAUCCGGUGAAGCAUCGUACGGCAACGACUGCUGCUUACCUGGUGCCACAACUUUGGAUGAAUGCAGAAGAAGCCCGGAACGAGCAUUUAUAUAGAGCAAAAUAAACAUUUCAUCAUUUCAGAAGACGUCUUUCGUUUUCUUUAUGAAAUUGCACCUGACAGAUUCGGCGCAGUCUUGUAAAGGUCAAUCGCAAUCAUUUCUACUUGUUAAUGAAACGAUUCCACGCCAAGGCCACGCGAGGUUCAGCAGAAGCGAAAAAAAAAAGAAAAAGAAUGAAUGCCGCGCCGAGUAGCGGAGCCGGCGCGGCGGGUACCAACUGGUGUUCAAAACGCGCGCGCCCAAAACCGAAACCGGAAGGAAUCAACAACAUCCGCUUGGUGUGCUACAGUCAAUUCGGCCGCUGGGCUCUAUGGGAGUGUCCGCUCUUGUUUAAAUUUAUUUCUCUAUAGUUGCACUAUGGUUGCACCUUUGUACAUUUAUCUAAUCGCCGGAUAUCAAGCCAGUCUAGUAGCGUUCGCGGCCGACUCGCAUUGCUCGUAUAGCCUAGAAGCGCCGGUCAGUGCUGCGUGCCUGAAGGGGCAAUGCGCGGAUUGUGUCUUGCGUCGAUCAUCCUUGCGCUUAGCGCUACGUUGAGCAGUGUAGCAGCGGAUGAGAGCGUAGAAGAGACGCUGUAUGGUGUCAAGUAUGCGUCCAGGUGCGAAGCGUGCAAGUACCUCGCCGUGGAGCUGGAAGCACGUCUCGGGGAGACUGGCAAAACGCACGAUGUCAUCGAGACCGGAUACACCCUAGACGGCGGGCGCAAACGCAAGAAGUAUGCGGUUUCUGAACUACGAUUAGUGGAGUCGCUAGACGGCGUGUGUGACCGGCUGCUCGAGUACAAUAUUCACAAGGAACGUAAGGACAGCACGCGCUUCGCCAAAGGAACGAGCACUACGUUCCGAACGCUGCAUGGUCUAGUCGCCAAGGGCGUCAAGGUGGACUUAGGCAUCCCGUACGAGCUCUGGGACAGCCCUUCGGCCGAGGUGACGCAGCUCAAGAGCCAGUGCGAGGCCCUGCUCGAGCAGUACGAGACCGACAUCGAGCGAUGGUACUUCGGCAGUCAGGAGGAGCCACUCGCCACCUACCUGUGCCGCCAGCGCGUGCUACGCAAAGGCGACGCCGACUGCCUGGACGACUCAUUUCCUGCCAGCCGUAAGACCGAGCUAUGAAAUGCUACUACACCCUAAGCGGCGACUCUGAUGAAACCGCUCUUACAUGUUGUUCGUCCGAGUCAACGGAAUAUGUGGUGUGCACAAAUACUUCAUAAUAAGUCAAGCGGCACGUGUGACCUCCUACGUUUGUCCUCGUCUACUGUUUCCUGCUCGUGUGGAUCAACAAGUAUAAAUACCUAUUUAACACAAAUGAAUGAAGCCUUGCUACUAUUUCCUACACAGCAUGAAACUUUGGCUCCACUCUGCAAUAGAACAAUGCGUUCUGGUGUUGGUUUUGUGUUGCUGCUGACCAAACUAACCUUGCAGACUGCCAGUUCGGUUGUAUAACCAUACCAGACUCGCAGCACACAACAUUGUUGUCCAGUCAAACAAGAAAGCACCUCUAUAUGAAAAACUUGGAGCCCUUUCACAUAGUGCUUAUUAUCAGCGCUUCAAUUGAGUGCUGGGCACACCCUCUCAAAAGUGCAAAACAUCAUAUUCCCAACAUAAGUGAGCAAGGGGAUAGAGGACAUCGUCAAGAGUCAUGCUGCUUUGUCUCAACCAGGAGAGGAGACACCGUUGGCCCCAGGAGGAGCUUUGCUUCCACAGGAUUGUCAAAAGCAAGAGUGCAGUGAGAAGAACCGGUCAUGGAUUUAUGGUUUAGAAACAGGCAUCCUGCUGCUCCCCAUGGGCCCUACGCUGGCGUGCUACAACCAUCAUCUCGAGCUCCUACUAUCGGCGACACGAAUAUGCUGAUACACCCAGCCUUAGUUGACGAAAACUACCAGCCCUUCCAUGAUUGCACUGGUGCUACAUCGACUGAUAUGCUGGGAUCACCGAUGACGACAGCAUGGAGCCACCCUAUAAAGCAGAGCGCAUACGGCACAGUUGGCAGACGGCACGGCAGCGUUGCAAAGAUGCAGCCUUCAAACGCGUUCCUGUUUUUCUACAGAAUUUCUGCAGACACACCUUGACAGGCUGAGAAUCAACGACCAAUUCCUUGCUCCCAGCUCUCGGAGCGUUGUACACUUCUUGCAGGACCAUAAUCUGGGGAAAUGGACAGGCUUUAGUAUAGAUGCAGAAGAUCUAUACAAUUCUUUGCUGCAGAUGCGUCUCCUGCAGUUUGUUAAGGACUGCAUACACAAUCAAACAGAUUAGCCGGAAUUUGCUGAAAGGUGUAAAAUUCUGGUUGCAAGCUUUUUGGAGCUUCUUGAUUUCUAUUUAAAGUCAAUUUCAGUCUGGUGGGAAGGUAAAAUAUGUGUCCGAAAUGCUGGCAUCUGCAUAGGUUUCGGUGUUGCACCAGUGCUCAGCAUUAUUUUUUAAAGUUACGUUCACCAGCAAAUAAUCAAAACCUGAGUGGGCUUGCUCUUAAAAUUUUCAGGUACGUGGAUGGUUUGUUUUUCAUGAGCAAACAAUAACUUUCGCAGACCUGUCAUCGAAGUACUGAAGCUAUUUAGAGAACAAGAGCAAGGUUUCCACUUCACUUUAGAAGUCCCAGGAAAAAAUGUGCUGGAACUUCUUAUAUCAGGCUUACUUUUAUGUGGGAUCACGUAUGCUAGGGAUAUCAGUUGAGAACUUUUAAGUCCCUUCUUGAUUAUAGGUCUAGCCAUUCAAAACUUAUAAAGUACAGUAUUGCCACUCACGCAAUUAGAGGUGCCCCAACCAAGAGCUAUCCUCACCCUAUCCUUGAAAGUGUAAGGAUUCUGGUGACAAGGCUUGAUGAGGCAGGUUAUCCAGUUUAAGUGGUUUCUUUAUCUUGCAACACAUUAACUAAGGAACUUCAAAUGCAAGCAGGGUGGAAGAAGCUUAGGGAGCAAGAGUAGAACAAAGUUGCCAUUAUCCCUUCUGUUCAUUGUCGCACAGGCUGAAAAAGGUGACUUCUAAGUUCAAGGUCAGGAUUGGGUUUUCAUACAAAAUGUGAAGCAAUAAACAAGCACAUUCUUCAUAUGGGGUGUUUGAACAGGGAGGACUGUGAAGUAUAGCAUACAGUUUGUCUCUUGCACACGAGUUGCCACUAAGUUGCAUUGUGCUUUAGUAAUUGUUUUUUUACAUUGAUUAAUCAGCCGUGACGUGUGCUGCCGUCAAAACAUGCGCAUUCUGUGAUGUGAAGGUUGUUUUAUAUGUAUCUGCAUAUGCUGGGGGGCAGGGUGUUGGUCACGUGAUGUGUGUUAUAUAUUGGUUGUUUUCUUCCAAUAAACUUCAUUUGACAGUGCUG